AUGCCAACUCCACAGAGGUAUCAGAAUUCUCCAUUAUCAACCCAGCAAACUGGGUUUUACGAUGCAUCUUCGCACUUAACUGACGUGUCGUCUUUCCCCACACCAACAUCCCCAGGGUCGCCAUACAAUAGAGGAACUCAGAAAGGUCGAAACAAUGAUAGUCCGUUGUUUUUGGAGAACUUGAGUGAUACGAAAGAGAUAUCUUUUGAUCAACCACAGUCAAGCUUUAAACAUAAAUCACGAUCAAGAUCAAACUCCAGAAAACUAUCAUUUGGAAGACUAUUCCUUUUUGGUUCUGAUAACAAUAACAAUAACAAUAGUAACAGUAAUAACACCACUGGUAAUAAUAACAAUAACAUUAGCAACAACAAUAACAACAACAAUAACAAUGGUAACAACAAUAAUAUUAAUAGUAUUUUUAACGACUUACCGAAUACUCAGUCGGAAUCAAUAAAUACAGAUCUGUCAGCAACAUCAUUAAGAACUCCGAAAAUUGAAGAAGAUGACCCUUUUAUAGUUCAAACUCCGCCAGCUACGAAUGACUUUCCAAAUUGUGAUACUCCAUCAACAACCGUUAACAACUCGGCACAUGAUGAUUAUUUCACCCAUGGUUUGCACAGUAACACAAAGGAAAGGGAACCCCAAACCCAAAAUCAUGAUGAUAACCAUGAUGAUGUAAUUAGACCUAGACGUUUAACUAAAAUUAGAAACUUGUUUAAAUUCUCAGGUCAUGAAGAUUCAGCCGUUUCAGAUGAUCCCCCAGCUACUGGUGAAAAUGGUAGUAACUCUAAUCAUCAAGAUUCCUUAAACCAUAAUUCUAAAGAUAAAGAUUUGGAUUAUGAACACGAAGAGCAAUCCAUAUCCUUGAUGCAAAAAUUUAGAAGAAAGAGAACACCCUCAAGUCCGGUUCUUAAGUCGGAGAAAAAUGAGCCUAAAACUAUGGAUAAUGUUGUGGAAAUAGAUCUAGCAGAGCAGAAUUUGGACCUGGAUAAGGACAAUGAUGAUCCAACUGAAAAGAAAGACGUGGAAUUAAACGACGAGUCACGGGAUGAACUAAAACCUUUGAAAGCUGAACCUAAAGGUUUCAUUCAGAAGAGGUUACGCAGGGUGACCUCUGCACCUUUAAGCUUGAGAAAUUUGACAGAAAACCAUGGAAAUAACGGCGUACCUGUAGAGAAAGUUGAUGAAUUAAUCAACCACAUAGGUGAGAUUAAAAUAUCCAAGUCCAGCAAACAGACUAGUAGAAACUACUCAAGUAAUUCAACUAGAUUAUCUGACAUCCAGGUUGGCCCCCAAUCAUUCGAGAAGUUAAAAUUAUUAGGAAAGGGUGAUGUGGGUAAAGUUUACCUUGUCAGGGAGAAGGCUACUACAAAGUUAUAUGCAAUGAAAAUUCUCAAUAAGAAGGAAAUGAUUGAACGUAAAAAGGUAAAGCGUGUAUUAGCAGAGCAAGAAAUUUUAGCUACGGCAAAUCAUCCGUUUAUUGUUUCUCUCUAUCAUUCUUUCCAAUCUGAAGAUCAUCUUUAUUUAUGCAUGGAAUAUUGUAUGGGUGGUGAGUUUUUCAGAGCUUUACAAACACGUCGUAUGAAAUGUAUACCCGAGCAAGAUGCUAAGUUUUAUGCAGCUGAGGUUACUGCUGCUUUAGAAUAUCUCCAUCUGAUGGGGUUUAUAUACAGAGAUUUGAAGCCUGAGAAUAUUUUACUUCACCAAUCUGGUCAUAUAAUGUUAAGUGAUUUUGACUUAUCGAAGCAGUCAAAUAACGCUGCUAAUCCAGAACUAAUAUCAAGCACUAAAUCUUCAACUAGCCUUCCGCAAUUAGACACUAAUGCAUGUAUCAACGGAUUUAGAACAAAUUCAUUUGUUGGUACCGAGGAGUACAUUGCUCCAGAAGUUAUAUGGGGAAAGGGCCAUACAUCAGCCGUUGAUUGGUGGACAUUAGGCAUUUUUCUCUAUGAAAUGCUUUUCGGUAUUACACCGUUCAAAGGCCCAUCAAGAAAUCAGACUUUUUCCAAUAUUCUGAAAAUCGAGUGCCAGUUCCCUGAUUAUAAUCAAACUUCAAGUAAUUGUAAAAAUUUAAUCAAAAAGCUAUUAAUAAAGGAUGAAACGAAGAGGCUAGGAUCACAUUCAGGUGCAUCUGAAAUCAAAUCUCAUCCUUUUUUUAAAAAUACACAAUGGGCUCUACUACGGAAUCAGAAACCACCAAUGGUUCCCAUAAUAAACAGGAAAAAGAAAAAUGUUACAAAUGCAAAUAAAUCGGGCAAGUCCAGUAAAGUGAGUAAUACAUCUUCUACAGGCACAUUGAGAAGUAAAAGAAAGACAAGUACUUCUACUGCUGUGACGGGCGAAAGUGAUCCUUUCAAAGACUUCAAUUCAAUUAGCAUCAUACACGAUGAUGAUUCUGAGAUUAUGAGAUUUGAAGGGUCAGAUAUUGGCGAGAUUACAUAUACUCUUCAGUCCACAGGUUCCGAAACGUUUAGUAAGAAGUUCCUCAAAAUGUAA